GAAGAGGGUGGUUUAUCUGGUUCAGCAAGGCGGUUAGCCCAAGGUUUACGGUGGUUUAAAAUCGACUUAAUGUGCCUAAUAAACUCUAUGAUAUAUAUAGAGCAUAUGUGGUGUUAUCUCCUCUCUCUCUCUCUCUCUCUCUCUCUCUCUCUCUCUCUCUCUCUCUCUCUCUCUCUCUCUCUCUCUCUCUUGUGAGCUAAGUUCUACUGUGAGAAAAGAGGGAUUAUUCGAUUUGAUUCACUUGAGGAGAGCAAGAUCAUAGUGAAUUGGCUAAGAAAGAUCAACUUGACAAGUAGGGUUGUUACUCAUAUCGAGGGUCCAAACUCGUUAAUUGUCUUGUGUCAUUCUUUUGUGUUUACGUUUUUUGAAGUAUUGCGUUGAGUGAGAGAUUGAGAGUGAUCGAGGUUUCGAGCUUGUGACCUAACAAAAUGAAUAAAGAAAGGACUUGAUUUCAUGGGAUGAAAGUUUGUAAUCAAGAAUUUUAACUGUAGAUUAAAAUAAAGGCCGAUAAAUAAAAAUAUUAAUGUUGGUGUGGCAAGACCAAGCGUGGUUUUACUUGGAUUCAGGGCCGGUCUUACCAAAUAACACACCUGACAAAAUCAUUGGAAAAUUUAAGAUCAACAAUUUUCUACUUCAAGUAAGAUAUAUUCCUAACAUGUCUAAUAUCCAUAGUCGAGAAGUGUUGAAAGACUAAAUUACAAUUAUCUUGGUAAUUGUGGGGAGAGAACUAAUUAAACUAUUAUUUUGGUAUUCUAUAUUAUUAUUUAUUUUUUAAAUAUUAGUAAUACACAUUCACAAAUAAUGGAAUGUACAUAAUUGGCUUAUCUUUUGUGUUCUUCUGUGGUGGUCACAUCAACUUUCUUUUUAUGUCAAAAUAGUUACAUCUGCCUCUUCUUUUUCUCUUUUUCUUUCUCUUUCAUAGUCACGUUCGUUGACUAUUUCUACUUGGAACACCGGCUGCUCAUAUAUAAAAUAGAAACCAUUUAACGCGGGCUUCUUAUUAAUUAUUUUCGACUAAUUGAACAUGUUCUAAUGAUUGACGAAAGACAAGAACGUGUUCCAACGAGGCAACGACUUCGAACAAAAAGAUAAAAGAAAGCACCAUCCGCUGCACGAGAAAACUAUUUAAAUGUUAUCUUAUGCACCAAUACAACCUGCCGACUACCUUCAUUUAAUACCAUCUCACAUGCAUUACAAAACCAUUACAAGAAGCAAUUUCUAUGUCUUUAUAAAUUUCCAAACAUAAAAAAAACAACCAAACAAACAAACAAACACAAUGUCUAACACCGGCGUCGCCACGGAGGAGCUGGGAAAGACAGCCGUAAGAUCCUCCUCUGGUGGAUGGAGAUCUGCUAGGCUCAUCAUCUGUGUAGAAAUGGCUGAGCGAUUCGCAUACUAUGGUAUAUCGACUAACCUGAUAACGUACUUGACGGGACCAUUAGGAGAGUCAACAGCUUCAGCUGCGGCUAAUGUCAACGCUUGGAGUGGAACGGUCUCGUUUCUGCCGCUUAUCUGGGCCUUUAUAGCUGACGCGUUUCUCGGUCGUUUCCGUACUAUCAUCAUCUCAUCUUCUCUAUAUGUCAUGGGACUUGGGUUGCUGACGUUUUCAACCAUGAUUCAUUCCCAAGAGCUCCAAGUGACUCUCUUCUUCUGCUCUCUCUACCUUGUAGCCAUAGGACAAGGCGGUUACAAACCGUGUAUUAAGGUAUUUGGAGCUGAUCAAUUCGAUGGUAACGAUAUAAAAGAGGCGAAAGCCAAGAGUUCUUUCUUCGACUGGUUAAUGUUUGGAAACUGUAUUACCAUACUGACAUCUCAGUUGGUCUCUAGUUACAUCCAAGAGAACCUAAGCUGGUCACUAGGGUUUGGUAUUCCAAGUGUUUCCAUGCUACUUGCUCUGUUUUUGUUCCUCCUUGGGACUACCUCUUACCGUGUUAUUACUGAAAGAGGAGGGAAGAAAAACCCUUUUGCUAGAAUCAGUCGUGUUUUCGUGGAGGCAUUGAAGAACAGAAAGCAAACUGAUGUAGAUAACCUGAAAGAGAACCUCCUUCUCCUACCUCACCAAGAUUCCAAGGAAUAUAGAUUCCUUGACAGAGCAGCGGUUUCAUGUGAUUUAGACGAGAUUGAAGAAGCAAAAGCGAUGCUUAGGCUUGUUCCCAUAUGGAUGACUUGCUUAGUCUUUGCCAUUGUAUAUGCUCAAUCCUACACUUUUUUCACAAAGCAAGGAGCCACAAUGAACAGGUCAAUCUCACCAGGACUCUUAGUCCCUGCAGCUUCACUCCAUGGUGUCACAAGCCUAACAAUUAUCGUGUUCAUCCCACUCUACGACCACCUACGCGUCCCCAUGGGUAAAUUAUUCACUCAUAACUCAUCAGGAAUCACAAUGCUUCAAAGGAUAGGCACAGGAAUUUUUCUGUCCAUUCUUGCUAUGGUAGUAGCCGCCUUGGUCGAGAUCAAAAGGCUCCAAGCCGCUAAAGAUGAUGUCACCGUACCAAUUAGCGUGUGGUGGUUGAUUCCACAGUACGUAUUCAUUGGACUCUCGGACGUGUUCACAAGGAUUGGUUUACAAGAGCUUUUCUAUGACCAAGUCCCUUGUGAGCUUAGGAGCCUUGGUAUGGCCUUGAACCUAAGCAUUUACGGUGUCGGCAACUUUCUAAGCAGCUUUAUGAUAUCAGUCAUUGAUAAGGUCACAAGCCAUUCUGGUCAAACGAGCUGGUUCGAUAAUGACUUGAACGAGGGUCAUCUAGAUUACUUUUACUGGCUUCUCGCUUGUCUCAGCUCCAUUGCUUUAGCCUUUUACUUGUGGUUCGCCAAGUCGUAUGUGUACAACAGACUAAACACCUUCUAAAGCAUUGUCCUCUGAUCUGCCUAAUGUAUCGAGCAUUCUUCAUUUA